AUGAGCCAGCAACGCAAGCAACAAAGAGAAGAAGAUAUCCAACUUCUACUUGCCGUUAAAGCCCACCUUGGCACUCCAAAUGUCUCAGAACAAAUGAAGCCUUAUGUUUUCCAAAAACGUGCAGAUGGCUUAAACAUCAUUCACUUAGGUAAGACUUGGGAAAAAUUAAUGCUCGCAGCCAGAGCUAUUGUAGCAGUUGAAAACCCAGCCGAUGUCAUCGUCAUUAGCGCUAGACCAUAUGGACAACGUGCAGUUCUGAAAUUCUCACAAUACACUGAAACUUCUUAUCUAGCUGGCAGAUGGACUCCAGGAACUUUCACAAACCAGAAAAUCCCUAAAUUUAUGGAGCCAAGGCUUAUUAUUGUUACAGACCCACUUACAGACCACCAGGCUUUAAUUGAAGCCUCAUAUGCCAAUGUCCCAACAAUUGCAUUCUGUGACACCGAUUCACCAAUGAAAUUUGUUGACAUUGCAGUUCCUUGUAACAACAAAAGACAUUUUUUUUGCCAGGUGACGCCAAAACAAAAAGGCGUCACCUGGAGGCCAUGGAGCAAGGAAGUGUCAGGGGGUGAGUUUUGCUAACAAAAUUGGGCCUUUCCCUAGGCCCUUGAGGUGUGCGGCAGCAAUUUUGGACGGACUUCACGGCGAGAAGGAAGUGAGGAUGCUUCGUGCGGAGCUUGGGGCGUGAAGAAGGCGCGGAACAUCAUCUCCAGAGCCAAUACCCCUCUGGAGUAGGAACCCGUGGCCGCUAGGUCCGGAAGCUAAAUGAACAAGGGUCUCUCCUGUAGAUGGUGACGUCACCAUUUUUGAGGACGUCACCAGAAAAGAUGGAAACAUAGUGAUGAGAAUUUAAUUUAGCUGGAAAUGAGUUGGUUUGUGGUUUCUGCUGAGUGAAAGAUGCUUGGCGUGAUGCUGAUGUGCUGAUGGUGCUAAUGACGCUGCUGGUGCUGAUUUGGUGGGUAACGUAGGGUAGGGUAACCGUAAUUCUUUUCUUCUUGUAACAACAAAGCCAAAAACUCAAUUGCAAUGAUGUACUGGUUAUUAGCAAGAGAAGUACUUUAUUUAAGAGGAGCUUUAAGCAGAACCCAACAGUGGGAUGUUAUGGUUGACUUGUUUAUAUGGAGAGACAUAGAAGCCGAAGAAAGAGCUGCUAAAGAAAAAGGAGAAGCUGUAAGAGAAACAAGACAAAGGAAAAAAGAGCAAUGGGAUGAAGCAGGAGCAGAAGCUGCAGAACACCCAGCAGAAGAGCAGAACCUCGCUGAAGGAGAAAACUGGGAAGAAGGGCAAGGAUGGAGUGAAGAACAACCAGCACAAGGCUGGGACUAA